CCUAGAACUUACCACCAGGAUCACUGAGCUGCUGAGCGGAGAGGUUCUUAUAAGGUGUCAGGAUGUCGCUGUCUAUUUCUCCAUGGAGGAGUGGGAGUAUUUAGAAGAACACAAGGAUCUGUACAAAGACAUCAUGAUGGAGAAUCACCAGUCCCUCACAUCACCGGAUGGAUCCAGGCAGAGAAAUCCACCAGAGAGAUGUCCCAGUCCUCAGUAUUCCCAGGACUGUCCAGAGGAGAAACCAAAUAUCCCACUGGAUCAUCAGGAAAGUUUUGGUGAAACGACCAGCGGACUUGAAAAACCCAUCUCAGUGUCUGUGAAAGUGGAAGACGGGAUGAGCAACUCCUUUGGACAUCUCCAUUCAUCUUCCCAUCAUGAAGCAGAAGAUAACAAUACCACACAAGAUGAUUCAAUAACUCCUAAUGUACCCUCAGUCCUUCACAGCGGAGAUCUAUCCAUUGAUACCGCUGGUCACAAGAAACCUUCAUCUAAGCAAUUACUGAUUGGUAAAACAAGAGCUAAACAGAAAUGUGGGAAAAAAAAUUCUAGUGAGAAACCUUUUAAAAAGAAAUCUAAUCUAUUUUUGCAUGAGAGCAAUUGCAGAGCUAACGGCACAUUUUCAUGCUUGACAUGUGGAAAAUCUUUUAGCAUGAAAUCCAUUCUAGUUAGACAUCAGAGAACGCACACAAGGGAGAAUCCAUAUUCAUGUCCUGAAUGUGGGAAAUGCUUUAGCAAUCAAUCAAUAUUUAUUCGGCAUCAGAGAACUCACACAGGGGAGAAGCCAUAUUCAUGCCCAGAAUGUGGGAAAUCUUUUAGUCUGAAAACGUGUCUUGUUAGACAUCAGAGAACUCAUACAGGGGAAAAGCCUUUUUUAUGUAUUGAAUGUGGAAAAUGCUGUAGUCGGAAAUCACAUCUUAUUUCCCAUCAGAGAACUCAUACAGGGGAAAAGCCAUUUUCAUGCCCAGAAUGUGGAAAGUGCUUUGGUCGGAAAUCAGGUCUUGUUACACAUCAGAUAACUCACAUAGGAGCCCAGCAGAGAACUCAAAUAAGAGAGCAGCCAUUUAUGUGUCCUGAAUGUGGGAAGUAUUUUCCGGCGAGAUCAAGUCUUGACUAUCAUCUAAGAAGUCACACAGGGGAGAAGCCAUUUUCAUGUCUUGAAUGCGGGAAAUGUUUUGGUCAGAAAUCAAAUCUUGCUAGACAUCAGAGAAGUCACACAGGAGAGAAGCCAUUUAUUUGUCCUAAAUGUGGGAAAUGUUUCACCUGUCAAGCAAGUGUUGUUCGACAUCAGAGAACUCGCACAUGUGAGAAGCCAUUUUUAUGUGGAAAAUGUGGGAAGUCUUUUAUUCAGAAAUCAAGACUUGCUAAACAUGAGAGAAUUCACUUAGAAGAGAAGCCAUUGUAAUGUUUAGAUUGUAAGAAAUGUGAGAGAUGUGGAGAUUCAUUGUGAGACCUGCUGCCUAAUCAUGUCUUCUGUAUAAUUUAAAACAGUUGUCCAGUUUCCCAUAUUAAUGACCUAUACUCAGGAAAGUGAGUCAACCACCAGUAUGCACCUGAAAGAGAUGAGAUGUGCACACCCGCUAAGGAUGGGUGCUCAUAGAGGACUGUGGUCUGUCUAAAUUUGUAAGAAGAUCUAUGGCACACCAAAAUUGUUUUGCUAAGUGGUACUUUAAUACAUAUUGUGCAUCUUCACAUAAUCAUUGUGUAUAUUUUUG